CUGCGUUUAUAAGAUGUGCUGCACUUAGCCAUUGGUUUUUACAUAUAUUACAAACAUUUCGGUAACUAAUCUUAAAUGAUUCAUGUUCCGUUACCAAGAAUGAGUUACUCAGAGAUACAUUAUAAUUAUAAGAGAUUCAGUUGCAAACUUGAAACGACACCGAGAUAAACAGUACAAAGAGCUGAUGAAUACGUGCCAACAAAUUACUUCGUCAAAACCAUAUUGAAUAUAAACGAUACGAAGAUUAUAGAGAUUUAAGGUCGUUUAUAUUAGGCGAAAUUUCAAAGUGUUUUCUUCGUCUGGUUUAUGUCUAACUGGUUGGUUGAGAUUUGGGUCACGUAAGCCGGUUGUAGUCCAGUUCGUAUGUGGGCUGUUCAGUGGAUAUGAGAAUACCGACAGCACAAAGAAUAUAUCGGAAUAGUAAUCAAUGUUUCUACUACGAUUAUUCGAAAUUCGCUUCUGCCAAGGUUGAGUUUCUUAAACGAAAACAAGAUCGAUCUGGCUAUCUACAUGUUGACAGUUUCAGAAAAGAAAUUCUUCCGACUUUUAGAAUUGUGGAACUUCGCCAUGGCAGACUAAGUACCUGUGUUGCUAUUUUCGUUCCACCAAAUCGCUACACUACGCGACCGUUCUCCCAAAUAUCAGAGUCAAAUGAAUGUUCCACAUAUAAACGUUAUGUACUGUUAUUGGGUUUGACAGCUGGAUUAAUUAGUCUUGGGUCGCUCUGGUUAUACAACUUAUUUGAGUGGUGUUCAGGUUUGCAAACCUUUGAAUAUCUGAAAAAGACACACCAAGUUUUCAACACAGAUGAAUCAGAAAGCAAAAGACAACUUUCAACUGGGAAUGACGACAACUUUGAUUUCAAACAAAGGAGUUCCAAUUAUUCAAAAAAGAUGGAAAGCAUAGUAGAUACACAGGUAGACAAAAAGUAUUUUGAUUUGCGCUGUAUCCAUUACGAUCGUAAACUUCCUUCGAAGUCUGAAGAAAUAUUUCCUAUAAACUGUAUCACAAACACUGAUAUUGUUAUCAUGAAUAGCGCAGAUCAUGGGGUUCGGUCACAUUUCUUAUGGACUAGUGGAUCCAUGAAUUGUCCUCAUUAUGGUUCAGGCUCAUACAAGAUCUGUACUAUUUGUUGGCUAAAUAUGCCUGACUGCUGGCUUCAUGGCCCAACAUGGAGUUCUCUGAAUUGUCAACUUGGUUCAAAUAAAUUAUGGAGAAACACUAACCUUUUAGGACUUCUCAUAUGCUUGCAGUUAAUAUACAAAGCAAUUUAUUUAGCUUGUAGUAGUGUAACGAAACAAUCUAAGUGUACACAGACUAGCCCUAUAUCUACACCGAAUUCAAUAAACAAUGAGUAUUCUGAUCGUUUGCAGCAACUGUUGAAUACUCCUUUUAAACUUGGUAGUGAGUCUAUUACAGCUUCCAAUGUCAACAUUACCCCGAUUUCUGACUAUCCAUUCUUAGAGCAUAGUAAGACAGAGUUCAAUCCUUCAAAAUCAGAUCAAUCAAAUCACUUGCUUCAAUCAAAAUUAAUGAGCUCAUACGACAUAAAUUUCAUGAAAACCAGUUUAUGUAACAAUCAAGAAAAUAACAAUGUAAAAUCUCUUCCCACGUCUAUUGAUAACGUAUUAUUUCCAAGUAUGAAAAAUGAAGGUACUGAUCAAAAUUCUAUGAAUAAUAAAUUAUCUGAUAAAGAUUUUAUAGUAGAUUCUAUUACCACUAUUUCUACAGAUCAGUUAUUGUCAAAAGUCAUCGAAUUCCUUAAUCCUAAACAAGUCGAUUGGUUGAACAGCUCACCAGUUAAAAAGUCAUCGCGAUCUUUAAUUCAUCGUGUACAUAGUGAUGCUGUGUUAGAUAGGAAAAUAAGUAAAUCUUGUAAAUAUUUGGCGAAGGAACAUGAUUAUACUACUCGGACUACUACUAAUCCACCUAUAUAUCAUCGUUCACGUUUUCAUUCUAGUUCGAGUUCAUCUGCUUCUUUGUCAUGUUUAAAUAUUGAUGAUAAUGAAGGUUUUGAGUACGAUGAUAUUAUUUCUAUCUAUACAACUAAAGAUGAAGUAAUGAGGAACAUUAACACAAAUCAAAAGACUAUAAAACAUUAUAAUCAUGGUGGUAACAAUAAUGAAGAUGACGGUGAUGAUGAUCUAAUUGACGAGGAUAAUGAAGAUAUGGAUGACAAUAUUCUUCGGCAACUCGACACACUAUCUUCUCUUCUUAACACUAAGUCUGAUAAUUUCUUUCAAGGUCAAUCAAAUGAAAUUUCAUCAGAUUUAAACAAAAGUACAUAUAUUACAAAUACACCUGAUGACGUAUUAAUAUCAUUCUCAUCACCGUCAUCGUCACUAGAAAUUAAUAAACAUCCUAAUAAUUUAUUACCUAGUAGUGAUUCUGAUGCAAUAAAAUUCACUGAUCUUACACAAAAGACUGUUGUACUCACGGAUGAAUUAAACAAACUAGGUGUUACACUUGAUCGUUUAUUGUAUAAACUGCAAGCUAAUCAAAUUCAGUUGGAUCAGGCGGAAGAUAAUUUAGAUUAUAUGUGGUAUUUAAGAGAUAAUUUAGAUGAUAAUUUCCCAUCAAACACAUCUGAUUGUUGUCCUGAGUUCGGUUUAAGUGAUGUUGAAGCAGAAGCUUUACUAAAUGAUGAUGGUGAUGUUGAUUUAGAUGGCAAUGGCAGUGAUGAUAAUGAAUAUAGAGGAACAGAUAAUGAUUAUUGGUCGUCGCAUGGUAGGAUGACACAAUCAUCUACUCAUCCAAAUGAUUACUAUCCUGUCCGUGGUGUUUCUGGUCAUUUGUUCAGUUCACAUGGAACACUUGAUAGUUCUCUUUACUCUACUUUAAAAAUACCAAGUGAAAAUUGUAGUUAUCAUUCAUCAAAUUUGGAUUCAGGAUUAGAACAAUCAGUUGUGACAUGUUCUGAAUCAUAUACGCAUAUGUUCUCACCAAUGUCAGAAAAACAUUUAGAAAAUUCCCUUGGUCACCACUUUUUAUAUAAUAGAUAUUUAUCAAAUUCUCAAGUUUUUAAAAAUUACUCACAUUCACUUUCAAAGUAUUCACGUUUUAAAAAACGAUGUAGUUAUAGUCUAAGGAAACGAAUGUGUAGUAGUGAGAGUAACCAUUUUUCUACAAAUGUUCUACCUGAUUCUGAUGGUUUUCUACAUCCAGAUCUUACGUUUGAAAAUGAUGGUCCAUUGAAAUGGUCUGAAUCAAUGAAAGUGAAUUCAUUUUACAAAGAUUCAUAGAAUACUGACUUAAUUAUUUACAUUUUAUUCAUGAUUUUUCUUUAAAAAAAAAGAAAAGCCAACAUUAUUUAACUAAUUUAUAACUAAUGUCUUUCAAAGUUUAAUUUGUUUGUUUGUUUUGUUUGAUUUUAAGACCCCCUCCCACAUGUUUAUUUCACUCUCAUUAUGUACAUACAUAUAGCAUAUAGUCAUAUUAAAAACUAUUUCUGCUGUCAUUGUAACUUAAAUAUGUAGUAAAAUGUAAAUUGCAUGUUAUACAUUUUUGUGUUGUUUCGAUCAUUAUCAGCAAUGUAACAACUGAAAAGUAUGUUUUAUACAUUGUCUCAAAUUGGUUAAUCUUCAAUCCUGACAUUAUUACUUCAUCAUCAUUUAUCAUUUUUUUCCAUACCAUUUGUAAUUAAUAUUAUAUAUUAUCUUAACCUUCACUGCAACAGUCAGUUGCCAUACUCAUCCUAACCUUGUUAUAUUUUGUUACCGUCUUGUUUUCCAGCAGAUCUUUUUUCUAAAGGAACAAAAUCAUUUCCCUUUUUUGUUAUUCAUUUUUCUAAUUAUGAUUUCAUUUAUUGAAUACAUUUAUUCUUGAGACUUAUUUUAUGGAUAUAGAUAUUAUAAUAUAUUCACUAUGCUUCUUUAUUUUAGCCAUUGCUUUAUCUCAUUUUAUAUUUGUGGUUGGGUAAUAAUUAUGAUGUUUUUGAACGUGUAACACUCUAAUGUUCAUUUUUCCUGAGUUUGAACAAGUAUGUAUGUGUAUAUGCGCGUGUGUGUGUGUGACUAUGUGUGGAAUAGCAGUGAAUCCAUCAAUUGUAUACGUUAUUCUUUCGUUUAUUUAAAUGCUGUUGAUUCUAUUCUCUAAUUUUCGAGAUUUAUUUUGAAUCAACAGCUAUUUCGAUUUAUUGAAAUGUUUAUUGGAAAAAUGUUCAUAAAUGGAGUUGUUUGUUGUUGUUGUUGCUUGGAAUGGUAUGCUUACUCUUGUUUAUCUUAAUUGUAUUUGUAUUUAUAUGUAGAAAGUUGUAUUUUUAUUUACUUUAUCUAUACAAAAUGUGCAUAUAUGUAUAGUUUUGCUCAUCGAUCCAGUAUACUUUAUUUAUUUCUAGUUAAGUAGAUAAUGCUUAUUAAAGAAACUUGUUUUUUCGUUGUGUUUCAUAUUUUAGGAUGGAAGUUAUAAACGGAAAGUAUAGGAUAGCUUUUUCUUAGUAUAACAUUCUUUUUUCUCCUUUGAAGCCUGUCACGGUCACUAGUCUUCAAAAUAUUCAGUCGUCGUAGUAGACAGAUUACUUGAUCUGAUUCCAUUGACUGGCAUUCCUACUUCUUCUUAACAAACAAUCAAAAAUUUCUUAUUAUCUGGUUUGAUAUGUAUAACAAUGAUCUAACAACUUAGUUGUGAUUAUUUUUAUCAACAACAAGAAAUGAGAUUUGUAAGAAGUUAUGGUUCUGUCUGAUAUAUAAAAAAAUGAUAAAUUUACCACUAUAUUCUGAUAAAUGACAUCACACUGAAUGAUUGACUUUUUAUUUAAUUGCACUGAUUAACUCCUAGAUCAGUCUUCUUUAUGAUUCUUUGGUUUGUAGUAUGAUAUUCUCUCACCCUUACAUAAUCUAGCACCCAUUCACGUAUAGUAUACACUAAACUUAAUGAAAACUAUGUUUUCAACCAAGGUGCUACGUUUUAAUGGCCCUUAAUCUGACUCUAGUUAGAUCGUAUGAAUAUUAUUGAAAUAUACAUAUCGUCAAUCCUCGUAUAAAAAUCAUCGACUUAAAUCGCGUUAGUGAAUAUCGGAAUUAUGUGUCCAAUAAGGGAAUGAAUUCUGAAUACGUAUAUUUUGUACAAUCGCUGAUCAGAACAAACGAUCAGAGAGACGUAGCGAAGAAGAGAGUGCGAAGCUAAAUGAAACGAUGCGCAGUGGUGAAGGCAAGUGAGCCAAAGAGAUUUAAUUAAGCGCUAAUCUAUAUUUAUAGUCGCACAAAAUAAGCUACAGACAUGUUAUGAGUAGGAUAAGAUGUGCACCCACAUACACAUAUAAAAACAGUCAGGGUUGAUAAGUGAGUAAUUAACAAGGUCAAAAUGUGACUGAAGAAGAAUAGAUAAACUGGCCGAUCCAGAAGCUAGAAUAAGUUACGUGGGCUUAUCAUAGUAACCGACACUACAACCUAACUCAGAUUGAUUCUUUUAAGUUAAGGGUAAUAAAAAACCUAAUUUUAGAUUUCUAACAAAAACAAUGUCAUGAAUAGUGUGUUUAUCUUUAUCCUUAAAUUUAUGAUUAUACUAAGAAUUCAAAUCUAUGCAGCAAUCAAGUCACCAAUGUGUUUCCGAAAUUUUAUUUAUGGUAUUAUUAGUCGGUUUAUAAAAUAUUGCUGCCCUGUUAGUUGCAAGAUACAAAUCUCUGUAAAGUUUGUGUAUACCGUUUCAAUAGACUCAUGGUUCGAAACUAUCGUGUAGAAUGAUUAACUAAUUCAACGUAGUUCUCAUCAUACCUAAGAUAUUGUGAGGAUUUUCAUAGUGAAAUAUGAAGAUAUUUUUUUCACAAGUAUUCUAAAAUAGUGUAUAGCUUCGUGAAAUGGUGGAUUAGUUCAAAUUAUAAAAUGUGUCCUAUAACAGUUGAUUGGGUGCGACAAUAAAAACGUGAAGUUACGACUGCCCACUGACAUUCUGAUAAAUAGAUUAAUAGAUUGUUUUACUCUGGGAUCACUCGAAUAAAAAUACUGGUUUCCCACCUAUAACCAUAAGUUUAUGAGGAUUCUAAAAAUUACCAGUGUGAUUCAAUUAGCAACGAAGACAUUGUAAGUGAUUUAGGUAUCUUAAUGAAGUUCUAAUUUCCGUUUUAGUACUCCAUCUGUUACCUAACUUGACACUGAUGGGUAUCGAGAAUAAAUAGAUUUCCGGCAAACUUGAAGACGAAGUGAAAAUAAUGUUCACUGAAUAAGUUUACGUUUUUUCAUUUAUUCGACUGACUUUAAUCCAAGUUAUAAUGAUAUGAUAUUGAAAUGAUCGUUACAAUUAUAUUUAGUUGCUGAAAAAUAAAACUUAUCCGACAUAAAACUUGAAAAUCCUCAACUACGUUUACAUAAAUGAUGUGUUGUUCAGGAUAUUGAAAACUUUCAGUUAGUUCAGGACACCAUAUAUUAAAAAGGAAAAUUAUACUUGUAAAAAUCUCAGCGAUUUAACUGUAGGUAAAUCCAACGUUUCGCUCGGCAAUCUGCUAAAAACGUUUUCAAAAAGCUGUAAUCAAACAUGGAAAUUAUCGAAUAUAAAUAAUUACAUGGUUCUCCAUUUAUUUGUGCACUAAAUAGGUCAUCCAAUCAUGUUAACAAUCUUAAAAAUAAUAACUUCGUAUUAUACAUUCGAAACGUUUGGUUUGAAAAGUAGAGAAAAGAGGGUUGGGGUUACAGAUGUACGUAUAAGAAAAAUCGCAUUGACCAUAUAUCGCCUCAGAUCAGUGUCUUUUGAUGGAUUCAGGUUAUUUGAUGGAUGGUAUGAGUCAAGUAUGUCACAGCAUGCAUAAAAUGAAGAUAAAUAAACAAAAUUAAAUGUAUGUUAUUGCAACUAUACUACACACAAUUUCGAUUAUGGUUAAUUUUGGCUAAACUCUUUUAUUAACUUACUUAACCGACAUUGUCAUUUGGAUAGUAACAAUUUGCAUAUAUCUUUGUACUAUUUAUGAUCGCUAGAGCUAUGCUUUAUUUCUUCUCUUCACAAGCACCGACAUUUUAGAAAGUACUACUUCUUUCGCCUAAUAUAUUCAAUAAAUAGCUAGUGUACUUUAUCAUGACUUCUCCAACUUGUUUAAUGAAAAACUCAUUCAAGCAGAAAUUUAAUUGUAUUUAUCGUUGGUAAUUAGUAAUGUUUUAUACAACUAUUAGGGUUUAUUUAGAAAAGGUGUUUUUGCUUUGAUUAACAAUGAUAACAUAUUUUGAUUGGUUUUCACUUUUUAAGGAAAGCAAACAUGAACAUGAUGAACAUCUCUUCUAUAACUGAUUAGUUUAUUGUUAGGUCCUUGACUGUCUUCAUAACAGUAUACAGAAAAUAACUUGUCUCAAUCUAGAUUAAGGCCUUGACACAAUAGGCUAACUGGCUCAAAGUUGAGGCUAGAAUCGUGUGAGUUUGAGAUGAGACCAACUGCCUUGGGUAGAGAAACGAAAACUACUCUAUCACUCGACUGGUUGACAAACGCGUGUGAGAAAGAAGACGAGUCAACAAGGACACUACUCGAUUUAUUCCCGAUUCCGAUUCACACUCCCAUUCAGAAUAGUGUAAAAAGAUAUAUGAAUAAUAUAGAUGAGUAAGAUGAACGCAAUGCACAAACAAUAAGAAAAAUACAAUUAUGUCCAAAUCUAGGGAUUAAGGUAGAAAAUAGACUACAAAAAACUACAUUUAAAUUACCAUAACUUUGGAAUAAAAAAGGGUUUACCAGUAAACGAAAGCUUAUGGCUCAUAGAAUAAACUAGAGACAAACGCAAAUAAUUGUCUGAAGAGGGUUUGUGGAAAUUGUACUAAUUUAAUGGGUUCGAACGCCUCGUGC